CAAUCCCCGCGCGCGCGCGUCACGUGGUGGGGGCAGAGGGGCGGCCCCGCGGCCGCGUUGGGUUAGUUGUCAGUGUGUGUGGCGGCGGCGGCGGCGGCGGAGGAGGCGGUGGAGACUCAGAGUUCUACCUUGUAAAUACUGUUAUUUGUAUAUACUGUAAAUGAUGACAUCGGUGGGCACUAACCGAGCCCGGGGAAGCUGGGAGCAGACGCAGAACCAGGCACAGCACAAACAGAGGCCACAGGCCACUGCAGAGCAAAUCCGACUUGCACAGAUGAUAUCCGACCACAACGAUGCUGACUUUGAGGAGAAAGUGAAACAACUGAUCGACAUCACGGGCAAGAACCAGGAUGAGUGUGUCAUCGCCUUGCACGACUGCAAUGGGGAUGUCAACAGAGCCAUCAACGUGCUGUUGGAAGGCAACCCGGACACGCACUCCUGGGAGAUGGUUGGGAAGAAGAAGGGGGUUUCAGGACAGAAAGACAGCGGGCAGACGGAACCCAGCGAAGAAAGCAAAGAGAACCGAGAGAGGGAGCGGGACUUCAGCCGGCGACGAGGUGGAUUGCCAAGAAGGGGCCGAGGGACGAGCCGCGGAAGAGAGUUUCGGGGCCAGGAGAAUGGACUGGACAGUGGCAAGACAGCCGGACCCACUGGAAGAGGCACAGAGAGAGGGCGACGAGGCCGCGGGCGAGGCAGAGGUGGAUCUGGAAGGCGGGGAGGAAGGUUUUCAGCCCAAGGCAUGGGAACUUUCAACCCCGCGGACUACGCCGAGCCCACGAGCACGGAAGAAGGCUACGGGAACAGUAACAGCAAUACAUGGAACAGCACCGGGAGCUUUGAGCCAGACGACGGCACGAGAGUUGAUUACAUUAGGGGUGAGGGGUCAAAUUAUCCCCGAAAAUUUGACACUGCUCCUGGUACGAGAAAUCCAGGUGCGUGGAGGACGGCGACGGAGGAAUGGGGGACCGAGGACUGGAAUGAAGAUCUUUCAGAGACCAAGAUCUUCACUGCCUCCAACGUCUCCUCUGUGCCUCUGCCUGCGGAAAAUGUGACCAUCACGGCUGGACAGAGAAUCGACCUUGCUGUGCUGCUAGGAAAGACCCCUUCUUCUCUGGAGAACGAGUCGCCCAACCUGGAUUCCUCGCAGGCACCUGCCCUCAGCCAGCCGCUGGUGUUCAGCAAUUCCAAGCAGGCUCCUAUAUCCCAGCCCAGUUCGGGGAACACCUUCCCGCACCACGGCAUGGUCGGCAUGCUGGGGAAGGGGUUCAGCGACGUCGGUGAGGCCAAAAGCGGCGGCGGAGGCACCGCAGUCUCCGCCUCAGCUGCCGCCACCACCACCACCGGCUCGCAGUUCCUGGAGCAGUUCAAGACUGCCCAGGCGUUGGCUCAGCUGGCAGCUCAGCAUCCUCAGCCAUCCGGGAGCAGCAGCGCGGCCACGUCCUGGGACAGUGGCACCACGAGCCACUCCUCGUCUCUCGUGCAGUACGAUUUGAAGAACCCGUCGGAAUCCGCUGUGCACAGCCCGUUUGCCAAGCGCCAGGCCUUCCCGCCCACCUCCGCCAUGAUGGAAGUGUUCCUGCAGGACAAGCAGCCUGUGGUGACAGCGUCCGUCACAGCCCCGCCGCCUCCUUCGUCCCCCCUGGCCAGCAAAACCAACCCCGUCCCCCAGAUGUCUCCGGGCUCCUCGGACAACCAGUCCUCCAGCCCCCAGCCAGCCCAGCAGAAGAUGAAGCAGCAGAAGAAGAAAGCGUCCUUGACAUCAAAGAUUCCCGCUCUGGCAGUGGAGAUGCCCGGCUCUGCGGAUAUCUCGGGGCUCAACUUGCAGUUCGGGGCGUUGCAGUUUGGUUCGGAGCCUGUCCUCUCGGAGUACGAGCCUGCCCCCGCGACAAGCGCCUCCGUCAGCCAGCCUCCGAGCACCCUGUACACGAGUACUGCAAGCGAGUCUCUGUCCACGAUUUCGUCCAAUAAGAGCCAGGAGCCGGGUUACCAGAGCGGCACCAUGCCUACAGCAACAUAUACCUCCCAGAACAGCGCUCAGGGACCACUGUACGAGCAGAGAUCCACUCAGACCCGGCGGUACCCAAACUCCAUUUCCUCUUCGCCCCAAAAAGACUUGACCCAGGCCAAGAACGGCUUCAGCUCGGUGCCGCCCACGCAGCUGCAGACCACGCAGACAGCCGAAGGUUCUGCAGGCCCCGCUGUGAAAUCGGACUCCCCCUCUGCCCCCAGCAUCGCGACCCCUCUCAACGACACUGUGUCCGCAGCAUCCUUGCUCACCACGGCCACCCAGCACUCUUCGGUGCUCAGUAGCCUGAACCACACGGAGGAGCUCCCCAGCACGGCCACCACGCAACACAGCAGCACGUUACCCACCCCUCAGAACAGCCUCUCCUCGUCGACUUCUGCUGGCCGCACGUCAACUUCCACUCUCUUGCACACCAGUGUGGAGAGCGACGCCGGGCUCCAUUCUUCCGCAAGCACUUUCUCCACCUCCUCCAGCACCGUCUCGGCUGCGCCCCCCGUGGUCAGCGCCUCCUCGAGCCUGAGUAGCGUCAGCAGCCUGGGCCUGAGCCUAAGCGGCAACUCCACGGUGACCGCCACGACCCGCAGCUCUGUUGCCACGACGUCAGGGAAGGCUCCACCCAACCUGCCUCCAGGAGUGCCGCCAUUGCUGCCGAACCCGUACAUCAUGGCUCCAGGGCUGCUGCACGCCUACCCGCCGCAGGUUUAUGGCUACGACGACCUACAGAUGCUUCAGACGAGAUUCCCCUUGGACUACUACAGCAUCCCGUUCCCCACACAGACCACCCCGCUUACUGGAAGAGACGCCAGCUUGAGCAGCAAUCCUUACUCUGGUGACCUUACGAAGUUUGGCCGCGGUGACGCCUCUUCCCCUGCUCCGGCCACCACCCUGGCCCAGCCUCAGCAGAACCAGACCCAGACGCACCACACCACCCAGCAGACGUUCCUGAACCCGGCCCUGCCUCCCGGCUACAGCUACACCAGCCUGCCCUACUACACCGGAGUCCCGGGGCUGCCCAGCACCUUCCAGUACGGGCCAGCUGUGUUCCCCGUGGCUCCCACUUCUUCCAAGCAGCACAGCGUCAACGUCAGCAUGAACGCCUCGGCCACCCCCUUCCAGCAGCCCAGCGGCUACGGCUCCCAUGGAUACAGCACCGGUGUGUCAGUAACAUCCAGUAACACAGGAGUGCCGGACAUCUCUGGUUCUGUUUACUCCAAAACACAGCAGCAGUCGUUUGAGAAGCAGGGAUUCCACACCGGAACCCCCACGGCCUCCUUCAACCUGCCGUCGGCGCUGGGCAGUGGCGGCCCCAUCAACCCUGCCACCGCCGCAGCAUAUCCGCCGGCCCCGUUCAUGCACAUCCUGACGCCUCAUCAGCAGCCGCACUCCCAGAUCUUGCACCACCACCUGCAGCAGGACGGGCAGUCGAUUUUGUACUUCCAACGCCAGCAGGAAGACCAGAGCGGCACUGGGCAGCGCAGCCAGGGCACCUCCAUCCCGCAGAAGUCGCAGGCGAACAAGUCUGCCUACAACAGCUACAACUGGGGCGCCAAUUGAGGGGAGGCUCAGAGGCGGCUCCACACACUUCAACCAAGAGACAAACGGAA